UCUCAGUGUUAGACAGGAUCCACAUCUGAUCAGAGUCGCCGGCUUGUUCGUAGGACUCGGAUCUUGUGGGAUACACGCUGAUUUCCCAUACUCGCUAAGAGAUCCGGAUAUCUGUGCUUACUUCAGGGGGGUGGGGGGGCCUGCUGGGUUUUAGACUGAGCCUGAAUCAUGAUGGAAUGGUUGAAGUCACCGUGCAAACAUCUGCUGUCGUUGAAAAUCAGGGCGUACGUGAAGGACUACUGCAAGAGGAAUGGUCUGCUGACACUGUCGGUCUUCGCCGUGGUGACUGGCUGUGUGCUGGGGUUUUUACUCCGAUCACUCAAUCUCUCCACACAGGCUAAGAUCUACUUCUCCUUCCCUGGAGAGCUGCUGAUGAGGAUGUUAAAGAUGUUGAUUCUGCCACUCAUCACCUCCAGUCUUAUGUCUGGCCUGUCCGCUAUGGACACGAAGGCAAGCGGCCGGCUGGGAGUCCUGACCAUCACCUACUACCUGUGGACCACCUUCAUCGCCGUCAUCGUCGGCAUCGUGCUGGUGCUCAUCAUUCACCCGGGGACGGGCUCAGAGAAAGACGGUCACCAUGCCAGUUCUGGGCCUGUUAUGACCUCCGCUGAUGCUCUGCUAGACCUCAUCAGAAACAUGAUCCCAUCAAAUCUAAUUGAAGCCACUUUUCAGCAGUACCGGACAGACCUGGUACCGAUUGUGCAGAGCGACAACGUAAAAGAGUCGCAGGCCAACUAUGUGUACGUCAUGCCCGACUACCACAACCCUCGCCUGGGCCACCCAGUGUUCCUGGAGAUCACCCCUGCACCCGACAUCAAGUAUAAAAUCGUCCCCAGCACGAGCAAAGGCAUGAACGUACUGGGCAUCGUCAUCUUCUCGGCCACCAUGGGCCUGCUGCUGGGGAAGAUGGGAGAACGUGGAGCUCCUUUGGUCAACGUGUGUCAGUGCAUCAACGAGUGCGUCAUGAAGAUCAUCAAUGCUGCGAUGUGGUACUUUCCCUUUGGCAUCGUGUUCCUGGUGGCUGGGAAGAUCCUGGACAUGCAUGACCCGGCCCAUCUGGGGGAGAAGCUGGGGAUGUACUUCAUCACUGUGCUGUCGGGGCUGUUUGUUCACGGCCUCAUCCUGCUGCCUCUUUUCUACUUCAUCUUCACUCGCAAAAACCCCUUCCCCUAUAUCAGAGGGCUGCUGCAGGCUCUUGUCAUUGCACUGGCUACUUCUUCUAGCUCAGCCACACUGCCCAUCACCAUGAAAUGUCUCCUGGAGAACUGUGGAGUCAAUCGGCAGAUUGCUCGAUUCGUGCUGCCAGUGGGAGCGACCAUCAACAUGGACGGGACAGCCCUGUACGAGGCCGUGGCGGCCAUCUUUAUCGCUCAGGUCAACGAGUACGACUUGGACUUCGGCCAGCUGGUCACUAUCAGCAUAACAGCAACAGCAGCCAGCAUCGGGGCAGCUGGGAUUCCUCAAGCAGGUUUGGUUACCAUGGUGAUUGUCCUCACCUCUGUGGGGUUACCGCCUGCUGACAUCUCCCUGAUUGUUGCCAUCGACUGGGUUCUUGAUCGCUUCCGGACCAUGAUCAAUGUUCUCGGUGACGCCUUAGCUGCUGGGAUUAUGGCUCAUUUAUGCAAAAAAGACUUUGAGAAAGCAACCACUACCACGACCACUGCUGCUACUACUCCUUUAGCCAAUAAUGGAGGAGGCCCCCAAAGGAGAGACACAGUAAUCUCCUUUGGCAAUCAGAGCGUGGCGCUCUCAGACGCCCCUCUGAUCGCUCAUCGCUGCGAUUACGUGUUCGAGGUGGAAGGAGACAACGUGCUGGAGAAACCUGUGCCCUGCUACAACCUCUGCCAAGUCUGAGAUUCCAUUACAUGCUGGACAUUAAGGGAUGCUGCCUUCUACCGCACAUUGACUCACCUCCAAAGGCACAACCUGAGGCUCUGAAAGUUCAGCUGGGCUCAUGUAUGGUUUCUGCCUGAAGAAAGAGUAAAUUGUGGUGUCAGGGUCGAGCAGCUCACAUGUAUUUUGCCUGUGCCAUGCAGAAAACAGAAACCUACUUGAUACUGUAUGUCUCCACUCAGUUUUGACUGGAUGACGGUGGAUGUAAUGAAAUGCAGUGAGUUUCACAAGUAACCUAAAUCUUUAAGCACACGUUAGUGUCUCAUUGCACGUGCACACUUGGUGAUGUGUUGCAGCAACAUGCAUUAGAUGGAGAUUAGUGUUUAAUGGUCCUAAUGAAGUUUGCUGGCAGGUUUGACCUCAGUCAAGGUUUUAAAUUGCCUUAACAUGAUCUCAGUUUUGACAAUAAUGCUGAGAAAAUGAAAGACUUGAAAGACAGACAAGGAGUAGAAGAAUAGUAGCUUCAUGUUAGACAAGGUUUCUAUGGAUAUAUAUUAAGGUGACAUUAACAAAAAAACACACUGACAUACUCCAAUCAUACAAUCCCAUUAAGAUGAUCAUUCAUGUUUUUAUACCUACGCUUUUAAUUUUGUGUUGAUGUUUUGUAAUAAAAAUCUGCUUCACUACA